CCUUUAAUAAGCUGUCGUCGUUCAAUCUAUCUUCCUCAUUUUGUAAAAUUCGAAUCUUCUAAGAGAGUCUAGCGAAGCAAUGGAGGUCACAGCCGACGAGGUAUCGCCGGAGGUAAACGCCACGGCGGCGGAAUUUCUUGAUCAGAACGAGCCGGCGGAGGAGGAGCAGAUGGAAAGGGAUAAUGGUGGAGAGAGGGAGACGCCUCCAGAGGAUGAUUGUUGCCCGAUCUGUUUCAGCUCCUUCACGGUCCCGUGUCGAGGGAACUGCGGCCAUUGGUAUUGCGGAAGCUGCAUCUUGCAGUACUGGAACUACGCUGCGGUGUCUAAGCCUUGCAAGUGUCCUAUGUGUGUUCGACACAUCACUACGCUGUCACCAGAAGCGUCCUUGCAGGAGCGGCAAGAGCAAGAGGUGAAGGAGGUUCUUGCUAAGAUCCGUAGGUAUAACCGUCUCUUCGUCGGUGGCUUAACUGGCUUUCUUCAGAAGUUGAAGGAGCUGCCUUUGCUGAUAAAGAGAAUGGUGUGGCGCAUGAUGGAUCCGGAUACAAACACUCUGUAUUUUCACGAAGUGCGCAUCUUUGCAAUGUUGAUGAGUACCCUUUACACUGCGGCAGAGUUUAGCUUCAUCCCAACGGCGCUCCUUGAUGUUCCUCGUUUUGUACAGGAGGGUUCAGAAUAGUGACGGUGUUCGACUACUGUGCCAUUGCAAUGAUCCUGAUUCUGCGCGUGGUGGGGAUAUAUCGGAGGAGACGACUUGCUCAGCGUGUUAGGCAUAUUGCAGCUGCAGAACUUGAACCAGAAUAGAGAUCUUUUAAGCGUUCGUUCAUCGUAGGUUUGGUAGAUCAUAGAAAGCCAUGAGUCUUGUGUGUAGUUAUACUGUCAAUAAGCAAUCACACUGUAAAGUAAUCCGCCAAAACUUGAACCACUCGGAAGAAAGUGAAAUGCAAUCUGUAAUUUCAUAGCUUAACAUGGGCUUGUACUAUGUGUCACACUGUUGGGCCUCAACUGUUAAGUUUAGUCUUCUCACUUUA